UAAUACUUUUUUGUUAGACUUUGAGGUUUUAUAUACAAAUAAUCGUUUAUUUAUAUUCGGCGAGAUAAUAUUUAUCGUUUCCUAGUAUUUUUACCUUGAAACAAACGCGAUGGAUCUGUGCGAAAAUCUCGAUGAAAGUAUUUACAAGCGAUUACAUGGAAAUGCCUUCGUAUACGUAUAAUGUAACGCGACGAAUGCACUUUCACCCAGUUCGCCUGACGGUAGAGCCGUCUCUGCGGGAGACCGCGCGUACGUAUACGUACGACGAAAGGCGGACGAAGUAGAAGGAGCGGCGAGGCAAGUGAAGCGAGGGAAAUGAGAAUGGAGAACACGGUGAGCGGCGACCGGUGGUGGUGCGGCAACCGAACGAACGAUCGGAGAGGGGCAACGGCUCACCUACCUGCCGGUCGCGAGCUCAGUCUGUGUCCGCCAGGUUGAAAAUCCGUCCGUUCGCUUCUCUCGCCCUCUAACCGGCGCGUAACCGUGUAAUACGCGCGAACCGGUCGCGUUCUUCUCGAGAGGGGACGAACGCCGAAAUAUAUAAUUUCCCUUCGGGGGAUGUUUCUCUUCUCGGUCCGCCGAUGGUACCGAUGGUCGCGCGGGAAUUCCUCGGUUUUGUAAAUCUCCCUCGAGAUCGUUCACUAUUUUAGAGAGAUUCUCUCUCGGGAAGGCGGGAAAAUUUUCGCGCGAAUCGAGAGUAAUUUGAAAAUUUGUGUGUGUAAAAAAAAGAGUGAAGGAGGCGCACGCGUAAGUGCGCUGGCGCCUUUUUCGCGGCGCGCGUCUCUCUCUCCAUCAUUUGUGUAUGUGUGUUUACGUAUAGUGUGAUUCGUGUUGACUGUGCAGGGUGCAACGACACGAGAAGACGGGAGAAUAAGGAAAGAAAGAGAGAGAGAGAAAAAAAGACAGAGAAAUAGUAAGGGACAGCGAUUUCAAGUUUUCUUCUCGCCGUCCACCGCUCCGAUUGUGCCUCCUUCGUCGUAGACAUGCCCCUGCUUGACGGUCAACAAUUGCGGCAUUAGGUGACAUACAGGCGCACACGUGCACCAGUCAUGGCGAAAACAAUGACCCACUGGCUCUGGUGUCUGCUGUGCGUGAUUUUACAUCUUCAGAACGUCCACGCCAAAGUUGGUUUAUGCGAGGUGGAAUCAGGACAAUCAAAUAUUAUUCUUGACAUCGAGGAGAGCAGAGGAAAUGCAAUCGAUCAGAGGACCGUGCCGGAAGAGCUUCCGGUGUCCGGCGAUCCUUAUAACGAGACCGUGUUGGAGCUUAUCUUCCCAGGAAGACCGCCUCUUUUUAAACUGAGUGGCAAAAAACUGCAGCUUCUCGAACCGCUGGACAGAGACGACGAAAAUCUCUCACACGUAGUUUUUCAGCUAAGCUGCACGGUGAAGUCGACGAACAAGAAACGAACGAUUCCGGUGAUCGUGAGAGUAUCCGAUAUCAACGAUAAUGCGCCAAAAUUCAUUAACACUCCUUACGAGACUACUGUGCCGGAGCUCACUCCGGUCGGUUCGACGAUCUUCAAGAAUGUCGACGCGUUCGACGCCGACGCCGGCGUCAACGGCAUCGUCGAAUAUUCCAUCGCGCCAGGUGAUGGUAGCAGGAUCGGCAGCAACGAAGGCGUCGGACGCAACAGGAUCACCACCGCCGACGGAUAUGGCUAUUUUAGCAUCAACCUGCCGCACCAGGGACAGGUCACGGUCAAUCGAACGCUCGACUACGAAAGAACCCAGCGUUAUCUUGUUACCAUCCUGGCUUCGGAUCGAGCGAGGAACGUUUCCGAGAGAUUUACGUCUACGACCACAUUGACGGUCAACAUACGGGACGAUGACGAUCAGGACCCUUCCUUUAUUUAUCAAGGCUGCAUGCUCUCAGAUGGUGCCUGUAUUAAUCCGGAAUAUUCCGCGUCGGUAUCGAGCGGAGUAUUAUCAGGCAUACUCAAUAUCUCGCCUGAGAAAAUCCAGGCGGUUGACAUGGACAGCAUAAACGCGCCCAUUCACUAUUCCUUCCUCAGCGGAAAUCCUCCGAAUUAUCGGGAUUUUUUCGAGAUCAACCCUAAUACCGGAGCGGUAAAACAAAUAAGGGCGGUCGAUACGACGGUAACGAAGAAGUUUGAUAUUAUUAUUAAGGCGGUCGAGGUGUCGGAAGCGAAACGAUCGGCUACCGCGAAAUUAACAAUCACUGUGAAGCCGGUUGACAGCAAUCCACCCGUUAUAACGGCGUCAAGUAUCGAAGGUUUCGUCGAUGAAAACGCUCCUAUCGCGACAAAGGUCAUCGAUGAAAGCGGUAAUCCCAUUGUGCUUACCGUGUCGGAUGCUGAUCUGGGACCGGACGAUCCGAAGCCUACGUACACCUUCGAGCUGACUACAAACUUCUUUGCGAUCGAUCCGUCCGGAAUUCUCGUAGUCAACGAAGAGAAUCUGGACCGGGAUCCUCCGAGUCCCGGCCGCUUCCGCUUUCAAGUGGUUGCCCGGGAGAAAACGGGUGUGGCCGCGUCGUCGCCUUUAUCGUUUGUUGUGACAUUAAAUGAUGUUAACGAUAAUGCACCUCUGCUCCCUAUGAUGCCACCCAUCACCGUUCAAGCUGGAGAAACGAAGAAACAAGUGGCAAAGGUGGAAGCCACGGAUAACGACGAAGGAGAGAACGCCGAGAUAACGUACAGCAUCUACCAUGUUUCGAACAAUGGUUUGCACAAAUUCAAGAUAGAUCCGAAGAGCGGAGUUAUCGAAUCCGUGAGGAAAUUGAACGCUGGCGAGCAAUACAGCAUCACCGUGCAGGCCACUGACAAGGGUGGCAGGUAUUCGCAGACGAUUGUCGAGGUGAACGUCAUUCCUGGACCCAACACCAGAAGCCCAGUGUUCCAGCAGCCAGUGUAUGAAGUGCAAGUCAGCGAGGGGGCCUCCAUCAAUUCUACGGUUGCGACUAUCACUGCCAUCGACCCAGAAAAUGAUCCGGUGUCGUACUCGAUAGUAUCGGGGAAUGACUUGCGUCAGUUUGCGAUCGGCGACAAAUCAGGCGUUAUUACCGUUAUAAGGAAGUUGGAUAGGGAGGACCUGACUCGAUAUCAGUUGUUGAUCAAAGCCGAGGAUACAGGCGGCCUAUUCAGCACCGCGACUGUCAAUAUUAUGGUUACCGAUAUCAAUGACAAGAAUCCCGAAUUCGUGGGUCUCCCUUAUGAAUUUUCCGUCAAAGAGGGCGAGGCACGUAAAUUGAUAGGCCGCAUACAUGCCGAGGAUGCUGAUGAAGGCAUCAACGCCGAGAUCACUUAUUUUGCACCCGAUGAUCCUUUUACGGUGGAUCCAGAAACCGGUGAUGUCCUGACGAAGAUAGUGUUAGAUUAUGAGCAGAACGACGAAUAUAAAUUCGUGGUGACUGCGAGGGAUGGAGCCCCCGAUUAUCGCUUGGCAACCGCGACUGUCACAGUGAAAGUCGUAGAUGUCGAGGACGAGGUUCCGGUGUUUCACCAAAGCAGUUACGAGGCACGUGUCAAGGAAAACGUGCCCGAUUAUAAUGUGAUUCAAGUCACGGCCGAUGAUCCGGACACAAAGAAGCAAAUUACAUACAUGAUCAAGCAAGGGGAUACCGAACUCUUCAGCAUAGAUCCGAAGACCGGAGUCAUAAAAACUAUCCGCGGUCUCGAUUACGAGAGUCAGAGUCAACACGUUCUCAUAGUAGGCACCGAGGAGAACACCAGCGAUUUGCCUGGCUCCACUACUCGAGUUGUCGUUAAUGUUCAGGACGUGAACGACAUUCCGCCAGUAUUUACGUCGGUACCGCGUCCCAUUACACUGGACGACGAUGUCCCUAUAGGAACGACCGUGAUCAAUCUCACGGCCGCGGAUUCCGACGGCACCGCCCCAGGGAACCAGAUUCGAUACGAGAUCAUCGGGCGCGGCAUCGCCAGCAAGUACUUCGUGAUCGAUCCCGACACCGGCGUACUCCGAAUACGCGACGACUUGCGCAAAGAAACUGACUCGGAGUACCAGGUCGACGUGCGCGCGUACGACAUGGGGGACCCGCAACUGUCAUCCGUGACGACUGUGCCGGUCUACGUGCGUCACGUUGCGACGGUGCCACCUGAGAUCGGUCUGGGUUUCGCCGAGAACUCGUACAACGUCGAGGUGCCCGAGGACGCCGGUGACAAUACGCUAAUAAAGAUAAUCACCAUCAUCAACAGUCACGCGCACGACACCACGCCGCUUAGGUGCGAGAUUUACAGCGGCAAUGAGGCCGGCCUCUUCGAAGCGAACGUCACGGAGGAGCGGAAUUGCGCGCUGAGGCUGAAAAAAGGCGCUCUGGAUUAUGAGACGACGGAGUCCUACCAGAUUAAGAUCAAGUUGGAAUCCCUCUCGGGCUUAUUAAACUCGGGCAGAAACACGACGAUGGUGAAGAUUCAAGUGCUGGAUGUAAACGACAACAAACCGGAAUUUAUUUUUCCGGAAGCGAGUCAGGAGCUUACGAGGGGACGUUAUUUCGCGGCGAUUCCGCGCACCGCACAAUUCUCGUCCACAGUUAUUCAAGUUAAGGCUCAUGACAAAGAUAACGGCAAGUUCGGCAAGCUGGAGUAUAAGAUCCUGGAAGGACGGGGAUCCGAUUAUUUCGCCAUCGACAGCUCCACCGGGAUAAUCAGGACGACGGUCACGUUCGACCACGUUGAUUCGUCUGAGCUCCCUUUCAAAUUCGACGUUCGCGUGCGGGAUAAUCCCAACUCGACUGAAAAUUACAAUUCGAUUAUCGCGCCGGUCAUCGUUAAUUUGAUUGGAGAGGAGAAUCUCAUGAUCCUGGUGGUGCAGGACGCGGCGCCGGAUGCGCUGCAGAAGGAGGCCGGCAAAAUAGCGAAUAUAAUCGAGCGAAAGAGCGGCCUGUUGAUCGGCAUCGAUAGGGUGGUGACGAGAAAAAUUCUGACGAAAAAUGGCACCGUAGAGACCUUCCCGCAGGAUUCUGACGUGUGGUUCUACGCGAUCGAUCCGGACACCGAGGCAAUACUCAGUAGAAACAGCAGCGGAGUGUUGAGGUCAAUUAUGGAUAAGUCGGCCAUGUCGAACAUCACAUUCGACGUGUCUACGGCAGUACGAGCGAACGCCAUCGACAUUCACGCUCCUGUGAUGCCACCUGAACCGGUGCGAACACAAACUGCGGUCGCAUUUAGCGGCGAAGUGUUCCCAUACGCGCUGAUCAUCAUUGCCUGCGUUAUCCUAAUCCUCGGUAUCGCCGGUAUUAUCUACAUUUGCGUCUCUUGGUCCAAGUACAAAGCGUACAAAGAGCGUAUGCAACGCAUGUACGUAAUGCCGCGUUACGAUCCCGUCUACGUGGAACCAAAUCUGAAGGAGUACGAGACGCAAGUACUUCAGAUGAGCGUGCCGGUCGAUGACAACGAUAGUUGCAACGAUUUGCAGUUGGACUUUAGCAACAAGAAUCACGCGUUCAGCCUGGACAAUGUCAGUUACAUCACCAAAGAUCACGGAGACAGCACUGGCCAACAAAGUCCCGUUAGCUCCGAAGCGGCGACCACGGCUCGCGCGUCUAGCAUCGCCGGCAAUCACGGCGACACCAAUAUCCAUUCUCUACGGCGAUCCACGCUGGGUCGAAAGAAUCACGGCGCAAGCAACACGAACACCCUGAACAAUCGCGACGCGACACCGGUACUUAAUCCCUUGUACAAUCACAGUGGAGAUCUGCUCAAUCCUAGUCCGUCCAACGACAACGUCACCUUCAGGGAGAGGAAGGAUUACUCGCAUCUCGGAUUCACGUAUCUGGGCGAGCAGAGUCCUGUAGAGACCACGACGGAAUUGUAAGUUACACGAUUCGAUGACACGCGAAUAUCAGUCACGUAUUGGCUCCGGAAGCUGUCACCGAAUUACACGUUCUCGUCGAAGAAGACACAAAAAUCAAUUAAUAUAACGUCAGUGUAAUUUUGAUAUCAUAUAUAUACAAGUAAGACUGUGAUGGACAUAAUAUUUUUUUUACAUCAAAGUUUUAUCGACACUGUAAAGUAUUAAAAUGCCUGAAAUCAUCAUGUCAUCUUGCAUUUAAUGCAUAUAAAAUGCAUAAUUAUCUGCCUCUUAUAUACAUAUAUAAUAAUAAAUGAUAAAAACGUACUUAAUUUCAACGAAAUACGUAUAUAUGACGUAUGGCGAUAAGACGAACUUCAGAAUAAUUAAUAUUAUAUAUUUUUUCUGACAUGUACAAUCCCCAAAGCGCCAUAUAUGAAGAGCACGUGAAAGCUCAUGGAAAAUAGUUGAAUGACUUCCUACGUAUAUAUUCUGCCCUUCAUAUGUCAUCUUCUGAAUGUGCAUCGAUAUUCUUCGUGCCGAUUCACGCGAACGCGCAAAUGUAUCCGCAGAAUUCCCGCUGGAAUACAUUCUGAACGAGUUACUCCGCAUGUGAUAUCCAUAAAAGAGCAGCGUGAUGUAGCGUUCAGAUACAACGGUAACGUGAAACGAGGACGUAAAAAUAUCGCACGUGCGAAAGAGACGUGCGAAAGACAGUGCGGGAUAUCUUUCUGAAUUGACAUUUUCCUUGAUUUAUUUCUCGAGCGUUGAAUUUUCUAAAAGCUGGAGCAAUAUCAAGUUCCGUAGACUAAUAAAUUGGAAGAUUAUAAAUAAUCGCCGUCGCGAUUGCAUUGUAAAUUAUUAUUAUUAUUAUUGUGACUGUAAGCACAAUGCGAGAAAGUUGCCGUUGCAUUAAUCGAGUCUUGACUAAUAACUUUGAAGAUGUUUCGUAUUCUGCGGAAAUUCAUGCGGACCAUUAUGCGCACACGUACAUUUUAAUUAUAGACAGAGAAGAAGAGAGAGGAGAAAGACAGAGAAUAGCAAAGUACCACUACGGAUCCAACCGUCCAAUACGUAGCCUUAAGAUUCGAAGACGAGGUUGUAAGUUUAUAUGAGUGUAUUUGUGAAUGCAUUUAUGUAUGUGCGACUGCGCGAGUCUCAUCGGCUCGUGAUCUUGUAAAUGGGUCGAUCCCGAUCACUUUUGUACUAUAAUAAUAUACCUGUUUAUUUAUACGAUUAUGUUUGCUCAUGUCAUAUUCUAUUUGUAUCGUAAUCGCAAUUAACCGACGAUAUUAUAUCGUUGUAUGUACGUAUGUGUAAAAAAAUCGCAAGAACGUGUUUUAUCAAAUUUGAACAACGAUUUAGCUGUCGCUUCCGUUCCGACUACUACUCACUCUCGUUCACACGAUCGGCGGUUUCUAAUUAGCGACUGUUGUACAAGCGAGGUAAAAAAAGAAGCGCGUCACAUGCCAAUGACGUGAUAAAGUGCGUCUUUAAUCAAACACAACUGCCCAUUUCCUCGUAGUUUCGACGACGCUAUUUGACUUUGUUCGAUAUUAGAUUUGACAGAUCCGCGAGAAAGUGUCGGGUGAAACGGCGUCGAGUGGAAUUAAGUACGAUACGACUUGAUUGAAUGCAUAUCUCUAGUCGUAUAGCGGGCGUAUCCACUGCCGUGCAAUUUAUAUAAGUUGUUUUACAUUAAAAUAAAAAAAAACACAAACAAACAAAAAAACUUGUAUAUGUACGCGUGUUACAAGUCGAUUAUAGCGUUGAUUUCUUUUAGCUGUACAAUAUUUAAGCGCGAAUUCUGUAAAAAUUGUUAAUAUCUAAUAAUAAAAAUUUAUUAUAUUUACAUAACA